AUGGCGACUUUCCAAGACACAGGAAAAUGCAAGGGUUAUGCGUGGGUGGAAUUUGAAGAACUCGCUGCCGCAGAAGCAGCGGUGAGAGGAUUCAUGUUGAUCAAGGAGGAUGAUGAGGAAGAGGAUUCCUCUGAUAGUGAUUCCGACUCGGCCUCUGAGAAGAAGAAGAAGUCGAAGAAGCUAAAGCCCCGUAUGCAAAGGGUUUGGGUGAACCAGCUCAUGGGUCGCCGUAUGCGAAUGGAGUUUGCCGAAGAUGCGUCUACACGAUACAAGAAGCGCUUCGGAAAGGAUGCCGAGAAGAAGGAUGAACCCGCUAUCACCGAAGUCGAUGGCGAAUCACGAGAAAGACCCCGACACAAGAAGAGACGUGAAUCCAUCGAUGAGUCUCGCUACUCCAAGGAAACCGUCCAGAAGCUCAGUGGUGCCAUUGUCGAGGGCCAAGGUCAGAAGACCACGUUUGACUAA